GGGGGUAUGAGACCUUCUACUCGCAAUAUCCUGAGUGCUGUGUGGAUGUGAAGCCUGUUCCACAGGAGAAGAUUGAAAGUGAGAGAGGCAUCCUCAGCCAGUGUGGAAAGCCGGUUCUUAGUGUCACCUGCAGACCAGCUUACGACCAGGGUGGCCCAGUUGAAAUCCUUCCCUUCCUCUACCUUGGAAGUGCCUACCAUGCAUCCAAGUGCGAGUUCCUCGCCAACCUGCACAUCACAGCCCUGCUGAAUGUUUCUCGCCGGACCUCUGAGGCUUGUGCCACCCACCUACACUACAAGUGGAUCCCCGUGGAGGACAGCCACACAGCUGACAUUAGCUCCCACUUUCAAGAAGCAAUUGAUUUUAUUGACUGCGUCAGGGAAGGAGGAGGCAAGGUCCUAGUCCACUGUGAGGCUGGGGUCUCGAGGUCACCCACCAUCUGCAUGGCGUACCUCAUGAAGACCAAGCAGUUCCGCCUGAAGGAGGCCUUCGACUACGUCAAGCAGAGGAGGAGCGUGAUCUCUCCCAACUUUGGCUUUAUGGGACAGCUUCUUCAGUAUGAGUCUGAGAUCCUACCUUCCACACCCACCCCCCAGCCUCCCUCCUGCCAAGGGGAGGCAGCCAGCCCCACGUUUACAGACCAUUUACAGACACUGAGCCCUGACACGCAGGCUCCCUACUGCACGUUCACUACCUCAGUGCUGGCGCCAGUGCCCACCCGCCCCACAGUCGCAGAGUUCCACAGGAGCCCUGUGGCCACAGCCACGUCCUGCUGAGGCUGGGAUUGGCUACCAGUGAAUCCCCAAGAGCAACUGUGAUUUUUGUUAUUUUUAAACUUGUGGACAUUUCAGACCUGUGCAAUACUGAAGACCUCUCUCUGUCCCGCUGCCCCAGUGAGGUGGUGACGGUCACCAGGCUCGCAGGCGCACUUGAGACUGACCCCGAGGAUGGCUUCUCGGGACUGUAGGAAGGCCAAGCCAUGACCAGCACAGCAGUGCUGACUACUGUACUUUAGAGCCCCAUCCUCUCAGGGGCGCCUAGUCUUUGCUCCUCAGAAGCUCGCCUUGUCACUUCACGCUUAAAGGCAAUAAACACCCACAAAAGUGGGAGCGAGCCCAGGAGAGAAGGCUGUAACGAAGCCAAUUCAUUUCGAAGGAAGCACAAUUUUUACUCUGUCUUUUUUGAACUUUGGCAAACUUUGUCUCUGUCACUUCAGGGAAUAAGGUGGUCACCACCCAGUCAGAGAAGUUAACUCUGCUAGAUUUGUCCAGACAGAAGUUCCUGCCAAUCUGAACCCAGAAGUGUUUUUUGAGAUUAUCUUGGGUCCCAUGCAAGGUGUUGGCUGAAGAAGAUGCUGAACUGUCAGGGUUGGUUUCUCACCUAGAGUUCUUCUGUGACCUUGGACUCCCGGCAUGGUUUUUACACGUACUUGAACCUGCCCAGCCUAUCUUUUUAAGCAACUUUGGUGUCAUUCAAAAAGUGUUUUCGGACCCUAGACCAAAAGUCACCACUUUGAGGAGGUGGCAGUGGGCACCCAGAGGAAGGAGGCGUGCACUGUGACCUGGGUCAGUGGCAGUUUCAGUACUCACUCAGCUUAGUGUCCUUCUGUGUGUGUGUGUGUGUGUGUGUGCUGUCCAUUGUGACACUGUUUCCCUCCCUGCCCCUGGAGGGUUGUCUUCAAGCUACUGAUGCUGGGGUCUGCAUCCUCUGCAACGUGGUACUACUUAGGUUCUUUGAUAGGUUGUUUCUCCAGGGGAAAGGCAAUAAGUCCCCCAAACCCAUGUGAAUGUGAAGAAAAGUGGUAUGUUGCUGGUUGUUGUUUUUUACAUAGUGUAAAAUAAAAAUAACAUAAAAUAAAAAUGCUUGUUCUUGUUAGUGGUGGCUCAGACUAGGAAGAAAUACUUUUGGGUGGGGACUUAAGCCUGCCUUACUGUUUUGUGUGUGUAUUUACUUAUAAAUUUUUGCUUCCUAUGUUUGGCUGCUUUGCCUGUGCACACCACAUACACACACACAGAGGCCAGAAGAGGACAUCACAUUCCCUGGAAAUGGAGUUACAGAUAGUUGUGGCCUGCCUUGUGUGGUGAUGGAGCUCAAGCACGGGAGCAGCAGCCAGGGUGCUUCUAAUUGUUGAGCAUCUCUCUAGCUCCAUUUUAUUUCCAAAUGAACGGUGGGUGGGCCUGGUAGAUAAUUUGCUCUUGAGUCUGUGAUUUUAACAAGGACAGAAUGUUGCUAGAAAAGUCCUGCAAGUAGCCAGACCAGACCUCCGCCUUGGCUCUCGCCUUAACAGCCUGGUAUGACUUUUGGUUCCUCAUCCCUGAAGUGGACAGAAAGGAGGUAGAUGCUCUGCAAAGUUCCUGGAAAUUUCCUUCUAGAAAAUCCAAAUGCCAGGCUGUUCCAGCCUCCCUCUGCCCUGACUGGCUACAGAUAAUUGAGGGACAAAGGUUCCCUGCCUGAAUGGCUGCCCCGCUCCUUUUACCCUUGUAAUGGAUUCUUCCAGAUAACUGGCUCCGGAGUUCCUAGGUGAGUGGGUUUCAAUCCAAGUGAAGCUCAACUUGCCUUCUGAGUAAUUUCCUGUGCGUCAGUGAAGGAAGGAAGAGGUAGGAUCAACUGCUUGAUUGGCACAGACUAAGUUCCAGACCACAAGGGCCAUGGUCCCUAACCCGUGGCAACAGGAAAACGACUGGGUGUUAAGCCCUCCCACUCAGCCGAUGCUUCCAGCAAACCUCUCUCUCCAGAAGGGCCCAAAGAGAUCUCUAGCUACCGGGUGUGCACUUUGCUGGCUGAGUGGCCCAGUUUUCUCAAAACAAACACCCUAAGGCUGCAUGGGACCUCGUUUGUUCCCUUCCUUUCCUUUCCCCAAACCAAGCUCCAUGGGCUCCUCGGGAAGCCCACAGAUGGGAAUGCUGCACAGACCAAGAAGACCUGGUCUCUUUCACUCAGCCCCUUAUCACAUCCAAGUAAGUCUUCCUCUGUGUAGAGCAAUGGACAAGGAGGAAGAUAUCCUCACCUCCCCCUAACUCGUGCUUCCAAGCUAAUCUGCAGACAGACUUUGGGGCUUGGCUUGCCUGGUUCAUGACACCCUCCAAGUCCCAUAUCCCUUAAGCCUCAACUUAGGCCUGGGGUGUUAUCUGGAAACUUACUGUGCAGGUUUGCCCAGGUGCCGAGUGGCUGGAGGACCUUGUAGGGAGAGCUGGGGAGUGGGAAGCCAGCUGCAGGCUGAACUACUGUGCCCAGCCACAUCCCACUCGAUGUCAUUUGCUUUAUUGCAUUAAAGUCUGUCUCUAAAGGGUGA